GGUCCGUCACUAGAACUUGACCCUAGGAUCUGAAACGUAAGCUCCGCCGUUUGCUCCGGUGACAGCGCCGUCAAUGUGGCAGUAAAUGCUGGUUGGUGGUCGAAUUGUGUAGCAACUGGAGAAAAUCAUGGCCUACUGAACACCCUCUCCCCAUUCCCCUUUCCAUCCCACCCUCCAGGACUUGAAGCCGGCGACAGGCGAAACCCAUGGCGGCGGCGCAAAGUGCGGCGAUGUCGGCCGGAAUAUUCCAAAACGGACUGGAAUUUCUGCUAGAUCCAGUUGACAGGUUCCCGUUGACAGAGGUCACUGCCGAUGUUGAGCGGCCAGAUCCGUUGGUGCUGAUGGACGUCCGCCGCUCAGCACCUGCAACUGCAGACUCGUCGUGCGCGGUUGUUGUUGGCAACCUCGGCGGCUCUUCUGAACAGAACAGAACCGGCAGCAAGAGGAAGUGUUCCCCGACACAGUCGGCCGAGUCCACCGGGAAGGUGACCUCAGAGGCACCGGGAUGGACUAGAAGGUUGCGACUUGGGCGUGCACCUCCAAAUAGGAAACCCUUUGCUGGUAGAGUUACACCAUUGGAAGAGACUAUAAGGAGAUACGCGGACAAACCUACGGAAAAUGUAGUUAAACCUGAGAUUGGUAUGAGUUUUGAUUCGCUUGGAGAAGCAUAUGAUUUUUACAACUUGUACUCUUGGGAGCUUGGAUUUGGUAUAAGGUAUGGCAAGAGCCGUUUGAAUGCCGAGAAGACAAAAUGUAUGCAGAAAAUCGUAUGUGGCUGCUCGGGGAAACCAGAACAACAGAACAGCCGGUCUUGCAGAUGCGAGUGCCCUGCAAUGAUCGGAUUGCUAAAGGCUGCAGACAACGGAUGGUACAUUGCUGAGCACCGGGCAAGUCACAAUCAUUCCCUAUCUCUUACUUGCGGCGAAAAAGUUCAUUGGCCGUCUCACAAGCACAUAGAUGUGUACACAAAACAUCUGGUGAAGCAACUGCGGGCAAACAAUGUCAACCUCAACAAGGUUUACAGCAUCAUUGGCAGCUUCUUUGGUUCGUCACAAAGCGUGCCUUUCACAAAAAGGUCUCUGCGUCAUCUCUGUGGUAGAAUUAGUCGAGACCAGGCAGAUGAUGAUGUGAACAAAACCUUGGCUGUGUUCAAGGAGAUACAGCGGAAUUACCCGGAAUUCACGUACCGAGUCCAAGGUGAUGAGGAAAGUAGAAUAAAAAAAUCUAAUGUGGACGAAUAGGAACAGCAAGUUGCAGUACAGGUUCUUUGGUGAUGCCAUCACAUUCGAUAUGACGUACCGGACAAACUUGUAUGAGAUGCCCUUUCGUUUGUUCGUUGGUGUGAACAAUCACUUCCAGAGCAUUAUACUUGCGGGGGUCCUUAUGCGUGAUGAGCAGGUCGAGAGUUUCCCGUGGGUGUUUUCUGAGUUUGUGAACAUGAUGGGGGGUAAACAUCCACAAACUAUAUUAAUGGCCAAGCAAGAGCCAUGGAGGUAGCUAUAAAAAGCGAGCUCCCUGGGACUGUGCACAGAUGGUGCAAGUGGCACAUUCUAAAGAAAGCAAAAGAGAACCUUGGCCCACUGUACACAAGGAAGAGUGAGUUUAGAGCCGAAUUCCACAAAGUGGUGAAUCACAUGAUAAGUGUGGAUGAAUUUGAGACUGCUUGGGGUAUACUUGUUGACAAAUAUAAUCUAAAGUCCCACAAUUACAUGACAAACCUGUAUGAGAUACGUGACAAGUGGGCGAAGCCAUACUUCAAAGGUGUCUUCUGCGCCAAAAUGACGAGCACCCAGCGAAGCGAGAGUGCGAAUAACUUGCUGAAAAUGUGCAUGCCGCCAUCAAGCCAAAUGCACGUGUUUGUGAAGCAAUACACGAGGCUUCAAUUUGACAGGGAAUCAGAUGAGAGCUAUGAAGAGAAAAGGACAAGAGUUAGUGGCGCUGUAAUGCGGACAAACAUUGCUAUCGAGAGGCGCGCGAGUAAAAUAUAUACGAGAAAGAUGUUUGAACAAUUUGGUGAGAACCUCUUCGAGGGUGGUUCAUACCAAGUCGAAGAAGUGGAGAAGAAAAACAAAUAUAUCGCAAGGCACAACAAUGCUGAGAAACUAGAAAAGUGGAGCAAGGUCGAAUACGAGGUGACCAUAUCAGAUAACGGUGAUUGGUUCGAUUGUGAGUGUGGGCAGUUUGCUCACAUGGGCAUGCUGUGCUGCCACGCUCUAAAUUUCCUCACUGCAAAAACUUAUCCAAGAGUUUGUUGUCACUGAAAGUUUUGACCUCCAUGCAUCAUACUUAGUUUUUGCUCGUGUAUGCAGGUUAUGGACCACAUUGGUGUGCAAGAGAUACCCAAGUGCCACAUAUUAAAAAGGUGGACAAAAGAUGCUAGGGACAUCUUGCCGCAACACAUUGCUCAUUUUCAAAAGGACCUAGCUGCUACUCAAUCGUUUACCUGUCGGAGCUCAACCCUGUACCUGCAUGCUAUGGAAUUGGUGAGGAUUGGAGACUCGUCAGUCGCUGCCUACGAGCUUGUACUAGGGAGGAUCAAAGAAUUAUUCCUGGAGGCCUCUCCGUUAACGGAAAAAAGGGAUGGUCUUGGAAUUGAAGAUAGGAUAGCUGCUGAAGCAAAUAUGAAGAACAAUGGCUCAGCUGUAGCAACCCUGAACAUUGAUGCAGAAUUGUUUGAAAACGAUAACAGCAUGACAGCAUCUGGCAAUUGGGAUGCACUUGCUGGUCUGUCAGCUCCCAGCAAGAAGAGAGGUGUGGGCCGGCCGUGUUCAAGCAGAGAGAGUGCCGUAUGAAGGAUUGUGCAAGCGUACGAGGUUCUGCAGUAUAUGCAAGCUCCCAGGACAUAAGAGGACCACCUGCCCCGACAGGGGUGAUGUACCAAAACAACCUCGGAAACCAGUUACCUGCAAGAACUGCGGUGUGGUGGGACACCGGCGUACCUCCUGCACGAGGCCUCUUGUGCCGAAUGCAUUUUAAACAUUUUUUUGUUUUUCUUUACAAAAGUGUGCACGGGUAGAGUAGUCGAGCAUUUGAGUGUGUGCCCCGUGGUUGAACUUUUCUAGUUUGUAAACUAGUUUUUUUUCAGUUGAAGCCGUGCUUUUCUGGACCCUUGCAACUGAAUGUCGCAAAAAUAUAUAUCAGCAUAUCUGUUGUUGCA